UCAAUUAUUAUAGCUUUUUACGCCAGCCAUAUGCGCACCUUCUUGUCUACAAAUCCCUCACAACCUUCUCAAAGAUACAUUGCGUCCUCAAUUUUGCUCUACUUUUCUAACCCAAACUAAGCAUUCUGCUCUCUGUCUUGAGCAACACUGAAAGAAAAUAUGGCUGCAGAGUUUCUUACUUUUGGUGCUGAGGGAAUUCUGACGAGGGUGGCUUCACUUGCAGAGCAAGAACUCAAUCUUCUCUGGGGAUUCAAAGGAGAGCUAACAACUCUACGAGACUCAUUAUUCAAGUUGGAAGCCAUGCUAAGAGAUGCACAACAUUUACAAGUUCGGGGUGAGAGGGUGGAGAUGUGGGUGAAGGAUCUGGAAGGCAUAGCUCAUGAAGCUGAUGAUGUGUUGGAUGAAUAUGAAUACGAACUUCUCCGGCGGAAAGUGGAGAUCCAAAACCAGAUCAAGAAAAAGGUGCUCAACUUCUUUUCACGCCACAAUCCCAUUGCAUUUCGUCGCAAAAUGGCACAUAAAAUUAAAAACAUCAAUGCAUCUUUGGCAAACCUGAAGAAUGAGGCAGCUAGUAUUGGACUGGUUGAUAGGUCAACAUUGGUCAAUGCAACAUCUCAUGAUAUUGGAGGACUUGACAGGGAAACCGUCUCAAACUUUGAUCAAGAUGAAAAGUACAUUGUUGGAAGGAAGGAGGUUGCGUCGGACAUAGUUACAACCCUGAUCAACUCUGGCAAGAACCAAGAGAAUUGUCUUUCUGUUAUGGCCAUUGUGGGGAUGGGAGGCUUGGGCAAGACAACUUUGGCUAAAUCCGUAUAUAAUAAUCCUGAGAUAGGUAGACACUUCGAUCAAAAAAUAUGGGUAUGUGUAUCUACUCCUUUUGAAGUCAAAAAGAUUUUAAGCGAGAUCUUGGAAUGUCUUAAACCAGAGAAAGCUGGGAUAAAGGGUAAAGCAACAAUAUGUGAAAACCUGCAAGAAGAUUUGAAAGGGAAGACAUAUCUUCUCGUGCUUGACGAUGUUUGGAACGACGAUCGUAACAAAUGGGACGAUUUGAUGAGUUGCUUGUUGAAUGCUACAAGCACUAAAGCAAGCAAAAUCCUUGUCACUACUCGCAAUGUGAGUGUUUCAUCAAUUGUACAAACACUUCCUACAUGUGUUCUGGGAAAAUUAUCGGAGGAUCAAUGCUGGUGCAUAUUGAAGUAUAAAGCGUUUCUAGAUACGAGUGUUGUUUUGACUGAAGAUCAAGAGAGAAUCGGAAGGGAGAUUGCCAAAACGUGUGCAGGUGUACCAUUAGUGGCAAAGGUAUGUGUUGAAGUACUUUUUGCAUGCAUUCUUCUUGUUCUUUUCUGUUCUUCAUUUAUAAACCUCUAACCCACAAGAGCUUAGUUGGGGAUGGAUUGAGGAUGGGCUUGGAUGGGGUUGUGGCUGAAGGGUUUGGUUGGGGGUAGUGCCUGAUUUUGUUG